AUGGUGGAUUUGGAGGUUACCCGACAGCUUGAGGACGCAGAUUUAUCGAGUGACAACAACGGCUUUCCUAGCGCCUGGCAUUGUAGAAAGGAAUUAUUGAAGGAUAGCCCAGUAUCCUGGAAAAUUUUCUCAAAGCAUGAAGAAGAUACCGGGGCAGUCACCAUGCAACUCCUGCGGGACAGCUGGAAUAUGUUCAAGGGUCUGGAUCUCCGGGACUGGGCUGAUGAUGUGUUGGCAUUCUCGCUGUUUUCUUUCCUUCGUCAAGUUCCCGAUGAGAUCACCACAUACGAUUCUAUAGUAUCGAACAUUCGAACACACGAUCGGCUCCUUUACGCCAGUCUCCUGCACGGUCUCACACAUGCCAAAGAUCGCAGUCCGUACCAGGCUUUGACACUGGAUACAUCACCUAUUACGGCCCCAGUUAAAGAAUUGCUGUCAAAUCCGACGAACGACAUCAUCUGUCAGUUCGCGGUCCUCGAAACUCGCUACCAGCGAUAUUGCAGAAGUGUAGACCUUGCGAAUGGGUCCUACUUCCAAACCGCCACCGCAUUACUGACCCUUGUAAUCGAUCAGUCUGUAGUCAGUGGCUCGAGAAUCCUGACUCGCGACAUACUACGGUCCUUUCGCCAAAUCAGUCUUGAGGGUGUCUGGAACGAUGGCUGUCAUCUGAAAGCGCUCGCACGUCGAUGGAGCUGCCUCUGCCACGAGGCAGAGGAGAUUGCAGCUUCAGGACAGCUGAACACCAAGCUACUAGGGCUCUCUCAGGAACUCUACAACCACCGAGAUUUUUUCUCGCUUACGGCAAUUUUACGUGGGCUAUCAAACGGAGGCGUCGAGCUGGAACCUGUAUUAUCUGCAUUUCUUGAUGAGAGUCGGAAUUAUGGACAAUAUCGUCUCAAGCUGCACAAGGAACCCUGCCUUCCGUUUAUUUACCCAUUUAUCAAAGACCUGAAGUUGGGAAAUCAUAAGGCUGUACAGGGGAUUUUUGGUUUCCUUUGCUACCAUCAAAUCUUCACACAGGCUAUGUGA